AUGUUGGUGAAAAAUAUAUUUGUCGAACUACGGUCUCGUCUGAGAAGCUGUAACGUGUAUAUAACUACCAAUAUUGAUUUUAGUAAGAAUUGUAAUUUGAAGAUUAGUAUACAAGCCAAUUGUAUUGUUCUCAACUAUUAUAAUAAUAGAUUGAAACGGAGUGAUAGUCUCUCGUCGAUAGAGAGUCUCUCUGAUUAUUCCGAUGAUGAUGAAAAUAAUGUCACAUGUAGCAUUCCUAUCGAGGAAUUUUGCUAUGUAAUUCCAAACUCUAUGUCGUGCCUCAAAAUUGACAAAAAUACUAUAUCGUUCAGGAUUCUGACAGAACCAAAAAAUGGCAGUUUCUAUUCAGAGUUUUUGUCGCCGAGCUCACUGGAAAAUAAAAUUAAAGUGUCCACUAUGGUAAUUAAUUUAAAAGCAAAUGAAGAAGUUAAAAUUAUCUGUGGCAAUUGUUCAAAUGUAAUUUCCAACGAUGGUAUCAAAUUUGACAGGAUUCUGGAGUUGCCAACCUCAAAUUUGGAUAUGUCUGAAUGGUUCUGUCACGGCCACGGACACAGUCAUGGCAACACUUCAAGCAACAUAGAAAUAAAACCAAAUAAGUUAGAUUUUCUGUACCGAUUAACUUUCUUUGUAGUAAACAAUAGUACAUUAGCGGAAAAGACAAACAAAUUCAAUAUGCGUAGAUCAAUUUAUCAUUGCAACCGUUGCUUAGCGUGGCUCGGCUUAAAAACUAAGGAUACAGUGAAACUUUACAAUUCCGAAGUGAAAUUAUUACAUAAUAAUAUAGAAAAGUACGCAUUUACUCAAAAAAAUAGUACAGAUAAUAAUAUAAGCAUAGAUGAUUUUAUAUUUACAAUAGAAAUGAUGAUGAAUGAAUUCAAUUUAGGGCUCCAGUACACAGUUAUGUAUAAAAUAGUUUUGGAAUGCGCGUUUUCUGCGGCUAAUAAACAGUAUUUGCUUAUUUGGGUGAUGGAUAAGGAAUUGCAAGUACUGAGAAAUAAUGAUGACGUCAUACUGAACGAUAGAAUAAAACUAAAGUCGACGUUUUUGACGAAAAUUUUGUAUAAAAUCGAAACUAGUUUGAACGAGGAAGUAGAAGCAUGGUUGUCGGACCCAAGUGUGAUUUCCACAGACAUAUCUAAAACUAUGUUUUCUAACGGUGUUGAUCAUUUGCAGAAAAUGUCGUUGAAAGUACCAGAAAUGUUUAGAUAUACAAACGGAUUUUGUGUCAGUUACUUAAAGGUUUAAUAAAUUAAUUAUUUGUA